AUGAAGCAGCACGAUAAAGGCGCUGGCAAUGGCAAUACCCCCAAGCCCAAAGCAGUGGAGAAACCCUCUUCAGCUGUUCCACAAUCCGAUAAUUUGGUUGUUGGAGGACAAGAUAGUUCUGGGAGAAGGAGAACUAGCAAAUAUUUUGCUGACAAAGAGAAAAAGGAAGUAGAGGGAUUACCAGAAAAGAGGAAGUCUGAAACAGCUGAUUUGAGGGCUUCUCCAGCUAAAAAGGUCAACAAGAAUAAAAAUGAAGAUGAUGAAGACUUUGUCUUGUCCACCACUAAGAAAGUUUCAGCUGAUGUUACUCCCAGCAAAAAAUUAAAAUCUGGUUCUGGAAGAGCUGUCGCCAAAAAAUCUGAAGAAUUAGAUGAAAGUGGUGAAGAUGAUAUUAAGGAAAUGAAAUCUAAUUCAAAAGCUUCAGAAAGAGGUCGUGGUGGAAGAACUGGGAAAACAGCUCCUGGUGGCCGUAAAAAGAUGGUUAUUGAUGAUGAAAGUGAUGAAGAUGAACCUGAUGAUAAAACUAGCCAAUCUGUUAAGCCUGGUGGACGAGGUCGUGGGGGAAGAGGAUCAUCGACUGCAUCAACGGGAGGUCGAGGCAGAGGUAGUGGAGGACGCGGUGGUUUUAUGAAUUUUGGUGAAAGGAAAGAUCCUCCACACAAAGGAGAAAAGGAGAUUCCAGAAGGUGCUUCCGAUUGUUUAGCUGGUUUUACCUUUGUAAUAAGUGGUACUCUUGAUAGUUUGGAAAGAGAAGAAGCUGAGGAUUUAAUAAAACGUCAUGGUGGUCGGGUUACAGGAUCUGUCAGCAAAAAGACGAAUUUUCUGCUUUGUGAUGAAGAUAUUGAAGGACAGAAGUCACGUAAAGCGAAGGAGCUUGGGACUGCAUUUCUCACUGAGGAUGGGCUACUUGAUAUGAUUCGUAAAUCAAAUAAAUCCAAUACAACUAAGUCCGAGGAAUUGAAGAAACCAGUGGACAAGGUCCUUCCCUCACCAAAGAAGACAUAUCCAUCAUCAGCAGCAAAAAAUCAAGUGGGCGGCUUGCCCUCCAAAAGUACAGUAGCAAAAGGAUCAGGCACUGGCAUUACUUCUGCAAAGACAAAAAGUCAGGCAACCGAGCAAUCAUUGUUGCCUUGGACUGAAAAAUAUCGCCCAAAGGUCCCAAAUGACAUUGUUGGGAAUCAGUCAUUGGUUAAGCAACUUCAUGAUUGGCUUUUAAAUUGGAAUGACCAGUUCCUUAAUUCUGGAAGUAAAAGCAAGGGGAAGAAACAGAACGAUUCCGGUGCUAAAAAGGCUGUACUUUUAAGUGGUACACCUGGUAUAGGGAAAACUACAUCUGCGAAAUUGGUCAGUCAGAUGCUGGGUUUCAAGGCAGUUGAGGUUAAUGCUAGUGACAACCGUGGAAAGGCUGAUUCUAAAAUUGAGAAGGGAAUUGGUGGUAGCACUGCUAAUUCUAUACAAGUGCUUGUUACUAAUGAAGCAAUAAGCAAUAAGAUCGAUCGAUCUGAGCAUCAAAAAACGGUUUUGAUUAUGGAUGAGGUGGAUGGAAUAUCUGCUGGUGAUAGAGGUGGUGUGUCGGAUCUUAUUGCUAAUAUAAAGACUUCUAAGAUUCCAAUCAUCUGUAUCUGUAAUGAUCGCUAUAGCCAGAAGCUAAAGAGUCUUGUGAACCACUGCUUGCUUCUCAGCUUUCGAAAACCGACAAAGCAGCAGAUGGCUAAGAGGCUUUUGCAUAUUGCUAAUGCAGAAGGUCUUCAAGUAAAUGAGAUUGCACUUGAAGAAUUGGCGGAAAGGGUUAAUGGAGAUAUGCGAAUGGCAUUAAACCAGUUGCAGUACAUGAGCCUCUCCAUGUCGGUCAUUAAAUAUGAUGACAUACGGCAACGCCUCCAGGGCAGUUCCAAAGAUGAGGAUAUAUCACCUUUUACUGCUGUUGAUAAGCUGUUUGGGUUCAAUUCUGGAAAAUUGCGUAUGGAUGAACGCAUUGAUCUAAGCAUGAGUGAUCCUGAUCUUGUCCCUCUUCUUAUUCAGGAAAAUUAUAUAAACUACAGGCCUAGUUCAGUUGGGAAAGAUGAUAAUGGGCUGAAAAGGAUGAGUUCUAUAGCCCGUGCUGCUGAGUCUAUUGCAGAUGGUGAUAUAUUUAAUGUGCAGAUUCGUAGAUAUCGGCAGUGGCAGCUUUCCCAGUCUAGUGUUCUUUCAUCUUGUAUAAUUCCUGCUGCUUUGUUGCAUGGGCAAAGAGAGACACUCGAGCAGGGAGAGCGCAAUUUCAAUAGGUUUGGUGGAUGGCUGGGGAAGAACUCGACAAUGGGAAAGAAUUAUCGACUUUUAGAAGAUAUGCAUGUCCAUUUACUUGCGUCGCGUGAUUCUUAUCUGGGCAGGUCAAAUUUGCGAUUGGACUAUUUCACCCCUCUUGUGAAGCAUUUGACUGAGCCACUGAGAGUUCUGCCGAAGGAUGAAGCUGUGGAGAAGGUGGUAGAGUUCAUGGAUUCAUACUCUAUAAGUCAGGAAGAUUUUGAUACUGCAGUGGAGCUGUCCAAAUUUAAGGGACGCCCCACUCCAAUGGAUGGCAUACAGCCUGCUGUGAAAGCUGCACUAACGAAGGCUUACAACAAAGGAAGCAGCUCACGUGUGAUUCGGACUGCUGAUAUGGUGACACUCCCUGGUGUGAAGAAGGUCCUUAGGAAACGAGUUGCUGCAAUGUUGGAACCGGUAGAAGAAAGUUUGGCUGAGGACAAUGGUGAGCCACUCGAAGAAAAUGAGAACUCAGAUGCAGAGGAUUUAGAAGACAGAGAAACUGCAGAAGAAAAGCUGCAAUCAGAUCUCGCUGACCUCAAGUUAAAAGGGAUAGAGGUGCAAGUGGAUUUGAAGGGUUCUGGUAGUUCAAGUGCUGGAAAGGCAUCUUCAGGGAGAGGGAGAGGGAGAAGUAGAGGAAGUUCGGAUUCUGCAGAAAAGAAGGUUGGUGGUGGACGGGGUUCAGGAUCUGCUUCCAAGAGGAAGAGAUGA